AUGCCCAGAAGCACACUGACCCUUGACCCUGCGAUGCCCACCGAGCUGCUGAAAGACACCAUGACGAUCCCCGGAGCUCCUGAGCGAAUCCUGCAAGAGAAAACCAACAACAACGAGCCUCCUCAGCUGCAGCCGCUGGCCAUCACCAUCGCCCUGGUCAACGAGGGGCAGUUGACGGCAGCCACCGGCGGAGCAGAGCUGUCCUGCUACCGCUGCACCGUGCCCUUUGGUGUGGUGGUCCUGAUCGCAGGCAUCGUGGUGACGGCUGUCGCGUACAGCUUCAACUCGCACGGCUCCACCAUAUCUUACUUUGGACUGGUGCUGCUCUCGGCCGGCCUGGUGCUGCUCGCCCUGAGCGCCGUUUGCUGGAAGGUGCGGAUGGAGAGAAAGAAAGAGAGGAGACGAGAGAGUCAGACGGCACUGGUGGCCCAUCAGAGGAGCAUCUUACCCUGAUUCCACACAAGCAUGAACUCAGAAACCUUCACGAUGAACGAGUCGAUGCGUCAUCCAGAUGUUUUGCCUCAGGUCGGACCAUAAACUGUAAAAAAAGAUGGACGACUCAUGUCCGCUUCCUUCCACUAGAAGCCAAACAGAGAUUGUCUUACUAGAGAGACGAGAGGGUCUGUAUUACUUACUAUUGGGGAAAGCGUAUUGGCAUUUACCAGAAGCAUUAGCAUUAGCUGUUACACUUUUUAGCUUUUUCAUGCUUGCCUUCUAGUGACUUUCCCGUGCAGAUGACAUCAUUGACGCCACAUCCCGUUUGUAAAGCGUCAAAUAACUUUUCAGAAAAACAAACACUUGAACAUAUAUCUGAGUGAUAAGAACUACCGGAAGAGAUGGAAGCUGUCUUUUCUGAAGUGCAAUUCGUUUUUUUUUAGUUCGGCUCAUGUCCCAUUGGUUAACAUGGAAGGGGGCGGGGUUUAUUAGUUAUACUGUAGCCGACCACCAGAGGGCGAUUGAGAAAAUUAUGAUUCGAAGCAUCAUGUUUGGGACAGUUUACGGAAAAUUGGCCUCAGGGAGUGACGAAACUCCAUUUUUUAUAGAAUCAAAUAACUAACUAAAAACGAACUUGUGUAGAAAAACGAAUACUUAAACAUGCAUCAGAGUGAAAAGACGGAAACCAUCUUCGAUUGGCCUGGUUUUGCUCGAGUUCCACUGGUUUACAUGGAAAGGGUCUAUCCUGCAUCUAAAAGAUCUAUAUAUAAAGAUCUAUACUGCAGCAAGCCACCAGGUCAAAAACAUUUAUUGCCCAUCGGAGGAGCAGCAUCUCCUGAUAUGACACAAGCACGAACUCCGAAACCUUCAUGAUGAACAAAUCAAAGCGUCAUGUUUUAGCUUCACUUUUAAAGAUGUGUGUGGCACACUUGGGUGAGACAAAAUGAACGCUUUCAGAGAAAACGGAAUUAAAGUAUUCCACAAAUGGCUCUUAGAUUGAGAAUUCCGGACAGUUAAUGGAGAGAAGACGCAUGUGAGCUGCAUGUGUCCAGAUGUCGAGAUACAGCUGCACUGCAAAACAAUUAUUUUUCUAAUAUUUACUUUCUCAAGUAUCCCUUUUGCUACUUCUCAAACAUCGGGUUGGAUGCUUGUUUAGAUCGCUGACUGCAGUUUGUAACUCGCCAUGCA